AUGAACCGGGCAUUUAACAGGAAAAAAGAUAAAUCAUGGAUGCAUACUCCCGAGGCCCUGGCCAAGCAUUUCAUAGCCUACAAUGCAAAGUUUCUCGGCAAUACUGAGGUAGAUCAACCCAAAGGCACAGAAGUUGUAAGGGAUGCAGUCAGAAAGCUCAAGUUUCAAAGACACAUCAAGAAAUCAGAGGGACAGAAGACUCCAAAAGUGGAAUUACAAAUCUCUAUCUAUGGGGUGAAAAUACUAGAUCCCAAGACGAAGGAAAUACAGCACAAUUGCCAGUUGCAUCGGAUAUCCUUCUGUGCAGAUGAUAAAACAGACAAAAGGAUAUUCACAUUCAUCUGUAAAGAUUCAGAGUCCAACAAACAUCUCUGCUAUGUGUUUGACAGUGAAAAAUGUGCAGAGGAGAUAACGCUUACCAUCGGCCAAGCAUUCGACCUGGCGUACAAAAAGUUCUUGGAGUCGGGAGGAAAAGACGUGGAGACACGGAAACAGAUUGGAGGACUGCAGAAAAGAAUUCUGGAGCUUGAAACAGAAAAUUCUGAGUUGAAGAAACAGUUACAAGCCCUGGAGGAGCAACUGAUGCUUGCUCAAGUUUCGCCUGGAGGAAGCAUGUCCCCCAAGGCUCCAACUGACAUUUUUGAUAUGGUCCCAUUCUCUCCUGUGACACCCCUCAUACCAGUCCCAGCCAGUAAUGGCUCUCCACCACCUCCUCCAGCAAGGGUUGCAGACACACGGAAAGACCUGUUCGGCGCUGAACCUUUCGAUCCAUUCAUCUGCGGUGCGGCUGACUUCCCGCCUGACAUCCAGUCCCGGCUGGACGAGAUGCAGGAGGGGUUCAAUAUGGGACUAACUGUAGAGGGCGCAGUGUUCUCCCUUGAUCCAUUAGAUGGUCGCUGCUGA